UGUUCUUCUUCUUCUUCUUCGUCUGUUUUACUGCUCUGAGUCACUUCCAGGCCAGUCUUUCACACUGAACCUUAUCCAGUUUUCUUCUGCCUGCCGCUCAAUGGAGCCUCACGUCCUGGAACCCACUAACUUGCGACGAUCGUCCUCGACCUUCUUAACACGCACCAUGCGUUCAAUAAAACUCCAAGGUGAACAUACCCACUUGACAAACCAAACAAUUCGCUGUUUACAAUUAUCUAAACGGAGCUCCCCUUCGCCCCAAAAUGGACUCCAGAAGGACUCCAAGAAGGACCUUUCCCGGAUUCUGAGAACGGAUGCUGCUAUUAGGAAUAUUGAGAGGAAAGCAAACUCGAAGAAGUACAAUAGGUUGUGGCCUAAAGCUGUUUUGGAGGCUUUGGAUGAGGCUAUUAGAAAGAAUUUCUGGGAAACCGCUCUCAAGAUUUUUGGACUGCUAAGAAUGCAACACUGGUAUGAGCCAAGAUGCCAGACAUACACAAAACUCCUGAUGAUGCUUGGAAAGUGCAAGCAACCAGAGCAGGCCAGCGUACUCUUUGAGAUUAUGUUAUCUGAUGGACUCAGACCUACUGUUGACGUGUAUACCGCUCUUGUUUUUGCCUAUGGCCAAAGUGGCCUACUGGACAAGGCAUUUUCUACUGUGGAUGAUAUGAAAUCUGUUUCUGAAUGCAAACCAGAUGCAUAUACAUAUUCUAUUCUUAUUAGCUGUUGCACUAAAUUCUACCGCUUUGAUCUGAUUGAACAUGUUCUCAAUGACAUGUCCUGUCUGGGAAUUGAAUGUACCACAGUCACAUACAAUACUCUUAUCCAUGGAUAUGGUAAAGCUGAAAUGUUUGAACUGAUGGAAGAAACAUUAAUGGGUAUGAUUGAAAGCAGCAGCUGCCUUCCGGAUGUUUUCACAUUAAAUUCUUUUAUUGGGGCUUAUGGAAAUAGUGGGCAAAUUGACAAGAUGGAGAAGUGGUAUGAUGAAUUUCAGCUAAUGGGAAUAAAGCCAGACAUUAAGACAUUCAAUAUCCUGAUCCGAUCAUAUGGGAAAUCAGAAAUGUAUGAUAAGAUGGGUUCUGUUAUUGAGUUCAUGGAGAAAAGGUUCUACUCUCCUACUAUUGUUACUUUUAAUAUCGUUAUUGAGGUAUUUGGAAAAUCUGGAAAUGUUGAAAGGAUGGAUGCAUACUUCAAGAAAAUGAAGCACCAAGGAAUGAAGCCUAAUUCUAUCACUUAUUGCUCUCUUGUUAGUGCUUAUAGUAAAGCUGGGCUUUUGAAGAAAGUUGAUUCAAUUAUGAGGCAAGUAAGAAAUUCUGAUGUUAUACUGGAUACACCUUUUUUCAACUGUGUCAUUAGCGCUUAUGGUCAGGCUGGCGAUGUGCAAAGGAUAGGUGAAUUGUUUUUGGAAAUGAAGGAAAGUAAGUGUGUGCCUGACAAUGUCACUUUCGCUACCAUGAUCCAAGCCUACAAUGCUCAAGGCAUGAUUGAGGCUGCUCAAGACUUGGAGAGUAAGAUGAUCACCACAAGGAACUAUUCAGGUGCUAAGUUCAUUGGUUGCUAGUACGACGAAGUACUUAGGAGGAAAAAAAAUUCAAAGUGGACCAUGCAAACUUCCAGAAUGGUUAUGUAACUGCUCAGGAAUCAUUUGGCCCAAGGAAUUUGACCCUCCUGGCAUCAUUUAAUAGAAGAAAAUCCUCUGGCAUGGAGUAUGAAAUCUUACCGUAGAAAAAAGUUACAUUAAUUAUUCUAGAUACAUGUAACUUCAUAGUUCUAACUUUUUAACAGAUACUUCACAUUUGUUUUACUCGUAAAAACCCGUCCCAAGUCUUCCCCUACAGGAAGACUUUACUAGGUUAGUGGACAAUUUUAAGCCUGGACUUGGACAUUUUGAAGCACAUGCUUUUCAUAUUGACCUAACCCAAUAUGUUGGACUGCAAGCUCUUCUCAUAUUGGGAUUAGGCCCAUUAAAUGGUGGUGAUAUAUAUGCAUUGGACAUUCCAAUAGGCAAUAUGGUCCAAAGAAAGGGGGCUAAGCAAAGAAGAAAAUUAAGUGGAUGGCUUCUGUUGAUGGAAACCAGUGUUCAACUCUAGUAUGGUGAACACACCGAGAUGGGCUGUUCUUGAUCCUUCAAGAGGGGAUAACUAGAUGCUACCCUAUUCGAUUGAUCUGAUCCACAAUGCCAGACCUCAUCAAAAUGGACUAGGAAUAUGGCUUAUGGCUAAGAUUUGCAUCCUAGAAUUUCAUUUAUUUUAUUUAUUAAACUAUGAUUCUGGAUUGAGUAAAAAGUGUACUUGUUUUUGUAUCAAUGGUAUUGGUGGAAAUGAUGUCUAAUCUACAAACUUAUCAAAGUACACACAAGUCAUUCAAAUUCCCUCAUGAUCUGCUAAUUUCCCCCUAGGUUUCAAAAAGUUUGAAGAAGAAUGAAAGAAAUAUUAGAAAGAAAAGAAUGAAAAGAGUGUCAAUGGAAUUGCAUAAGGUAUAGAAAUGGAGGAGAGGCUUGCAAACUUUCGCAUACAACAUCACUGAGUCAAUAGAAGAAAAGACCUAUAAACCAGUCUAGAUCUCAAUAUUGUGGAACUUCUUCAAGCCUCCCAUCGUUUCUGAAACUGUAGUUGCUCUCUGUAGAUUUUGGACUACUAAGAAUGCAGCACUGGUAUGAGCCAAGGUGCCAAACAUACACAGAAUUCUUGAUGAUGUUCGGAAAGUGCAAGUACCCUGAGCAGGCCAGCUUACUGUUUUACAUUAUGUUACCUGCUGUUGAUGUGCAUACUGCUCUUGUUAGUGCUUAUGGCCAAAGUGGCCUCCUGGACAAGGCAUAUUUACAGUGAAUGAUAUGAAUUUAUUUCUGAAUGCAAGCUACAUGCAUAUACAUACUCUAUUCUUAUUAGCUGUUGCACUAAAUUCCACUGCUUUGAUCUGAUUGAACAUAUUCUCAAUGACAUGUCUUAGCUGGGAAUUGAUGGAAAAAACAUUGACUGAUAUGAUUGAAAGCAGGCUUUCUGGAUAUUUUCACAUUAAAUUCUUUUUAGAGGGCCUAUGGAAAUAGUGGGCAAAUUGAGAAGUUGGAGAAGUGGUAUGAUGAAAAUUUCAGCUUAUGGGAAUAAAGCCUGACUUUAAGAUGUUUAAAUCCAGAUCAAAUCAUAUGGGAAAGCAUGGAUAUAGGAUAAGAUGGGUUCUGUUAUUGAGUUCAUGGAGAAUAGGUCCUAUCCCCUACUUUCGUUACCUGUAAUAUUGUAAUUGAGGUAUUGGAAAAGCCGGAAAUAUUGAGAGGAUGGAUGAUUAGUUAAAGAAAAUGAAAAAUCAAGAAAUGAAGCCUAAUUCUAUCACUCAGUGCUCUCUUGUUAGUGCUUAUAGUAAAGGUGGUUAUAUGAAAGAAAGUUGAUUCCAUUAUGAAGCAAGUUAGAAAUCCCGAUGUUAUACUAGAUACACCUUUUUUUAACCGUGUUAUUAGUGCCUAUGGUCAGGCUAGUGAUGUGGAAAGGAUGGGUGAAUUGCUUUUAAGUGCGUGCCUGACAAUGUCACUUUUGCUACCAUGAUCCAAGCCUACAAUGCCCAAGGCAUGGUUGAGGAUGCUCGAGACGUGCAGGGUAAGAUAAUCGCCACAAUGAAAUAUCCAGGUAUCUUGAUAUGUCUUCCACUUGAAUAGUUCUAUUUUUUUCCUUGUCACAAAGGAUCUUACAAAUAAAUACUUACACUUCCACGACUUAUGAUUUUACUAUGGUUCUCUAAGUUUAAAUCUUGCAUGAUAUUUGUGCUAAGAAAUAUUACGUAGAGAUUGGAAGUUCGAGCCUCUGAAUUGGCGCUGACAAGGCCUAUGGAUAGGGGUUUGUUAGGCUUUCUACUGUAGUAGAUGUCCUAUACAGAAACCAGGCAUUAGUAUUUGGCGUUUACCAAUAUUCACGAGUCCAAAAGGUAAGAAGUUGAUUGGAUGCUAGUACGAUAACUUACUUCGAAGAAAACUUUCAAAGUAGACUGCAAACUUCCAAAAUGGUCAUGAAACAGGUGGACUUUAUGUUACUAGGCCACAGGUCAAUACCAAACCUGGACCUGGACUUCUUAAAGCGCAUGCUUUUUACAUGGUCAUAAACCCAGUUUGUUGGACUAUAUCCUCUUCUUAUCUUGCGAUCAGCUCCAUUAAAUUUUGAUUAUGUAUAUUCAUUGGGCAUUCCAAUAUGGGGCCUAAGGAAGUAGGCUCAAUCAAUAAAGCUAAGUGGAUUGCUUCUGGGUUUUGAUGGAAACCAGUGUUCAAGUCAAAAAAUAAAGGUAUAUGGGUAUAGUGAGAUGGGCUGUUCUAGUACAUGAAAAGGAGAUGACAACUAGAUGGAACCUCACUAUUUGAUUGGUCUGAUCAUGAGUGCCAAACCUAACUAAGAGAGAAACCAAGCUUGGGUGGACUAGGAACAUGGCUUAGCUAAAGACUGUAUUCUUUAAUCUCAUUUUUAUUUUAUUUGUAUUAAACUAUGAUUCUGGAGUAGUUUCUUCCAUUUGCUUAAAAUUAGGUGAGGGAUAUGAUUGACUAAAAAGCAUAUAUGUUAUUGUAUCAAUGGUAUCGGCGGAAUGAUGUCUAUUCUACCAACUUAUCUAAAUACACGCAAGUUAUUCAAA